GGCCUUUGUGUUUUUCAGCACGUGGUAUGCCUGGAUGUCCCUGCCCUGGCUGUGGCAUGGCGGGACAAAGGCUCCUCUUCCUCACUGCUCUUGCCCUGGAGCUCCUAGAGGGGGCUGGGGGUUCCCAGCAGGCCCUCUGGAGCCGGGGUUCGGCAGCGGCCUGUCGCCUGGACAAUAAGGAAAGUGAGUCCUGGGGGGCCCUGCUGAGUGGAGAGAGGCUGGACACCUGGAUCUGCUCCCUCCUGGGCUCACUCAUGGUGGGACUCAGUGGGGUCUUCCCGUUGCUCAUCAUUCCCUUGGAGAUGGGGACCACGCUACGCUCAGAAGCUGGAGCCCGGCGCCUGAAGCAGCUGCUCAGCUUUGCCUUGGGGGGUCUCCUGGGCAAUGUGUUUCUCCACCUGCUGCCCGAAGCGUGGGCCUACACGUACAGCGCCAGCCCUGGUCCCAUUACAAAUGGUCCCCCUUCUGUGGCCCUGGCUGGGCCUGGCCUGUCAGUGCUGCCCCCUGCAGGUGGUGAGGGGCAGAGCCUGCAGCAGCAACAGCAACUGGGACUGUGGGUUAUUGCCGGCUUCCUGACCUUCCUGGCAUUGGAGAAGAUGUUCUUGGACAGCAAGGAGAAGGAGGGGACUAGCCAGGCCCCCAGCAAAGACCCCGCAGCUGCUGCCGCGCUCAGUGGAGGCCACUAUCUGGCCCAGCCGGCUGCAGAGCCCGGCCUGAGCGCCGUGGUCCGGAGCAUCAAAGUCAGUGGCUAUCUCAACCUGCUGGCCAACACCAUAGACAACUUCACUCACGGGCUGGCUGUGGCUGCCAGCUUCCUAGUGAGCAAGAAGAUCGGGUUGCUGACCACCAUGGCCAUCCUCCUGCAUGAGAUCCCCCAUGAGGUGGGCGACUUUGCCAUCCUGCUCCGGGCCGGCUUUGACCGAUGGAGCGCAGCCAAGCUGCAGCUCUCGACGGCAUUGGGGGGCCUGCUGGGCGCCUGCUUCGCCAUCUGUACGCAGUCCCCCAAGGGAGUAGAGGAGACUGUGGCCUGGAUGCUGCCCUUCACCUCUGGUGGCUUUCUCUACAUUGCCCUGGUGAACGUGCUGCCCGACCUACUGGAGGAAGAUGACCCGUGGCGCUCCCUGCAGCAGGUGCUUCUGCUCUGCAUGGGCAUCGUGGUGAUGGUGCUGUUCUCACUCUUCGUCGAGUAACCGUCCCUGACUUCCCACCCCCUGCAAGCAAUAAGAGACUCGGAUUCACUCUGACCGUGUGUGUGAGGCAGAGAGUGAACGAGCCUCCGACCAGACAAGAGGAUGGUGUGUAUGUGUGUUUGUGUGUGGUGUACACAGGUGACCAGAGGUGUGUGCGAGACCGACACUGUGAUCCCUCGUGUGCUGGGCCCAGGGCCCAAUGCCUGGGCCUGCCCCUAGCCACUCUGUGGUCUUCUCUCCUUGCCACCCUGUUAUCUUCCACCUCCUGGAGUCAGCAGUGAGGAACGGGAGCACUGGUCCCAAGCAGGGGCCUCUCCACCCUAGGACCCCAAGAGGAGUAAGAGCAGCUCAAGGAGCCCAGGGCUGCAGGGAGCCCCAAAGCUGUCUCCUACUGGGGCCUCAUGGGUCCCUGGCCCGAGGGAGUAAACCCCUCUGCGGACACACCCAGCCCUAGGCAGCCAGGAACCAAGGCUGGGCACCUUCUCUGCUGUGUCCAGCGUCCCGGCCCUUCCUUCAGCAGCUCCAAGGCCAAAGGAAGGAGAGGCAGGUGCUCAUGUGGCCCCAGCCCCCCUCAGCACUGACAGUCCUACCGUCUCCACACAGAGCUGUGAGAUGCUUUCGAAGACCUUCUCCGCGUGGCUGCCUGCCCUGGGCCAGCUCCUGUUCCCCCAGUGACUGCUCCCUGGCGGUGCCAGCAGCUCUUGCCACCUCCAGCUGCCAAACAGCAGCCUGCAGGGCAGCAAGCAGCCCAGGGCCAGAGAGGCCUCCCAGUCAGCUCAGGGAUGCUCGUGCCGGCACAGGGUCCAGGCAGACACUCUGGGGGCAGGAAGAGAGUGAGCUAUGGCCGCCCCUCCCAGCUGGGGCCCCUUUUCCUGUCCCACUUCGGGUGGGGUUAGUUGGGGGUGGCGAGGGCUCCACGUUGUCAGCACUCAGGAAUGUGCUCUGGGAGAAUGCUGAAGCCAUAAUCCCCAGCUAUUUCCCUUGGCUGACGCCCAGGUACUCAGCUGGCCCACUCCACAGCCAGGCUCCAGCCCUGCUGCUCGACCGUGGGCGUCCGGAGAAGUAGCCAUCGAGAGGGUCUGAAUGGUUUUUACAGCAGUUCUGCUGUGGUUCCGUUUCUAUCUGUAAAUACCUGUUCUAUAGAUGAGAUACAAAUAAAUAUACACAAACUGGC